AGAUAAUGAGAUUUACUAUAAAUGAAAGAUUUUUCAACAUGUUCAAUUUAAAGAAAUAGUAGUCAGUAGACGUACAAUGGCAAUCUUUUCCAUUUACUGGAACAAAGAUUGUGCACUUUUUAAGGCUCUAAAAGAGGUUCAGCUUCUGAGACUGAAGAAAGACUUGUCAGUGAGUGGAAUAUGUGUACCUGCAAGACUGAGUAAUUGGUGUUAUCAUAUUGUGAGGACAAUAGACAGCAAAGAACACAAAGACUCUGGAUUCAAAAAUUGGGAAUGCUCUUAUAAUUCUAUAAAGGAAAAAGAUAUUGUUCUUCUAAUUUUGUUUGUAAGUAAUGAACGUUGGUACAUAAUGUUUUAUAUGUGUGUGUUACAUAGACUGGUAUUCACUUGCCCAUCUACCAUUGAAACUGCACUCCCAGAAGAAGCAUGCCAAAAUAAUGCAGGCUUUGAAAAAUUGAAGGAUGCCUCAGAAUUUUGUGAUACAUCUGAUAAAAUCGGUGCUCAAUGUCUCACUUGGAAAUUAGAAGUGAAUGACCAACUCUCCUGUUCAUUUCACAGACACAGCAUUGGAUUAGAAAAUUUUCUCAAGCAAAAUACAAUGUUGAAAAUGAAACAGCUGUGCCCUGAAGCAUGUAUCAAUAACAAAGGCAUUGAAAAAUAUGAAAAAGCUUCAGAAUUCCUUGAUUUGAUAUGGUUCUCUGCUAAUAAAUUAUCUUGCUUUACACAAAAAGCAAAAUAUUUACUGCCACUCUUAUGCAAAUUUGAUAGACACUUCAUAGUGUCAGAAAGUCCUUUUAUUCAAAACCAUUUUGUGUUGAUAAUGAAACAGACGACCUCUGAAAUAUUCCACCAUAAUGCAGUCAUAAAAAAAUUGGUGAAAGACUUAGAACACUGGAAUAGGAUAUAUUGUGAUAUUGAUUUUCAGUUUUGCAUUGGGAAAUUGACAGCAUUGUCCUCUUGUCCAUUACAUGCACACAUCAGUCUAUUGGAAAGUCCUUUUGACCAAAGCUAUAUUACGGCAAUUGUAGAAAAGUUGAACACUAAAGUAUUCAUAUUGGAUUUCUUUGAAGUGAAACAGAGCAAAAAAUUGCAUCAUUGUGAAACUGAGGCCAAAAGUAUGCUGUUCAGAUUGACAAUUUUACUUUCAUAUUUUCUGCAUAUAACCAAAGAUUGUAAUUUGUCAGAAGAACUUUUUGGUGUUGCAUUUUCUUCUUCCAUUUUAAUAAUUUUACCUAAUUCAUUAAUCAAAGGACUUUGCAACUCUGGAUUGAAAAUCAGUUUAAAAUCAGAAGAUGAAAGCCAGCAGUCACCAGAUUUACUGGAGUACAACUGGAGGAAAAAAUUGAUCAAAACAUAUGUUAAUGAUUUCUUCAAAGAGCUCAGACAAAUAGAGAGCAACGAGGCAAAUGAAACCAAAGCUGAAAUUUUGGGUGUAAAAAAGAAUGAAAAAGGUGAGAAGAAUAAGUCAUUUGAUGAACAUGUUACAGAAAAUAUUUAUGAGAUAUUAAGUCAUGUGGAGAUUCGCCAUGAUGAAAUAGUGGCAUACCCGGCAACACAACAGCCUGUGUUAGAGCCCAUUCUCAACAAAUUCUCUGUUCCUGAAAGGGCACCCUCCAAACAUGACACCAUGGCAGUUGAAUUCUUGCGCCUCUGUACCAUGCAUGACUACCCUAACACUAAUGGACCAAGUCUUCUAAGACUGGCCCAGGCCGGCUUCUUCUACGAGGGAAAUGGAAACGAACUUGUCUGUUUCUCGUGUGAUUUUCGAAAAGGAAGCUGGAAUUAUAAUGAUUCUCCCAGAGAAAUUCACCUGAGGAUGUCUCCAAACUGUAAAUUCUUAUCCCAAGGUGGUGAUGGCAAUGUUCCUGUGCCAAGAGGAGAGUCAACACAAGACCUUGUUCCCCUUCAGAGUGCUCCUCCGGUUGUGGAACCUGACGGUCCACGGGCAGGCUAUAAUGCCUCUACAUCUAACAACACAGCUCACCUGGCUAGUGCUAAUUAUAGUGACGGACAGGACCAACCAGAUACGACGAGACGUACAAUGGUGGUAAAACACCCGGAGUACGCUAGCCGACCCGCCAGACUGGCCUCCUAUGCUAAUUUUCCACGUCACAUGAAGCAGCAUCCAGCUGAUAUGACAGAUGCUGGAUUUUAUUACGCAGGUUUUGGGGAUUGUUGCAGAUGCUAUCAUUGUGGAAUAGGUCUAAGAAACUGGGACCCUGAGGACAAUCCAUGGAUUGAGCAUGCACGGUGGUCUAUGGAAUGUCCUUACAUUCUAAAAAUAAAAGGGCAGGCCUUUAUUGACCUUGUGCAGGAAGCUGCCCGGGCAGCAGAAAUGGCCCAAGAUGAUGAGGAUAGUGAACCUGAGGGCGAAAGCGUAAGUGUAAAUUUUAUCUUGGAUUGAACAUGCAUAUUGGUCUAUGGAAUGUCCUUAAAAACUAAAAAUUUAUAGAGGAUAUUCAAUGUGUUGUAGUUGAAUACAGAAUUUAUUUCAAGAAUGGGACAGGAUUUUUUUUUAUAUUUUUUAGAGUGCGAAGCUCAAAUGAAAACAUAAAAAAAAUCCUGUCCAACUCGUGAAGUAAAUUCCAUAUUUAACUAC